GCCUACCUCCACCUGGACCGCAACGCCCUCGCCCACCUGCCCGCAGGCACCUUCCGGCUCCUGCCCGCCCUCAUCUCCCUGCACCUGCAGCACAACGCCCUGCAGGAGCUGGCGGAGGGCACCCUGGCAGGGGCCGGGGCCCUGCGCUGGCUCUACCUCGCCGAGAACGGCCUCAGGCACAUCGCCCCCGCCGCCCUGGCUCCUGCCAAGAUGCUGGAGAAGCUGCACCUGGAGGGAAACGGGCUGGUGGAGGUGCCCACGGCGGCCCUGCGGGGCCUGCCUGCCCUCAGCAAGCUGAAGCUGUCCCGAAACCCCAUCAAGUGUGUGGAGGAUGGCGCUUUCCUGCCCGUGGCCUCCAGCCUUCAGCACCUCUACCUGGACAACAUGGGCCUGGAGCAGAUUUCCCCCCGUGCUUUUGCUGGCCUUGGUCCCAAGAUCAGAAGCCUCUACCUGGAGAACAACAAAAUGAGCAACAUCCCCCUCAUGAGCAACUUCACCGGGCUGGAGAUCCUCAACUUGAGGGACGUGCCUUUCCACUGUGACUGCCAGCUCCUGCCUCUGCACAGGUGGAUCAACAAACUCAACCUCCGCGUAGGGGCCACCUGUGGGUCCCCUGCAGAAGCCCAGGGGCUGAAGGUGAAACUCUCCACUGCCUUCCAAACCUGCCCCGGUGGGCGCCGAGGUGCAAGUGGGGGAGCCGGUCCUGACAAGACCGAGGCUGCAAGCAAGCCCAGCAAGAAAAAGAGAUCAGGAAAAUCACCAGCCAGAGGAUUCAAGAAGAACAGGGCGUAG